CCGGUCCGGGCGGGGAUCCUGGGAGAUCCUUUUACGGGGAUCUCGCGUCCCGGGAGCCGAGUCCGUGCCAAACCUGGGAGAGGGAGUCGCGCAUCCGGGUGCGGGCCGGGAUGGAGACCGCGUGGGACCGGGUGGGCACCGGGCCGGGUCCCCGAACCCCCCGGGAGUCCGUCCCAGCAGCAUGAGCCGGGAGAGCCACGCAGCCCUGCAGAACGUGGCCGCCGCGCUCCAGGCCCGGGACCCAGCGGGCAGGGGGGGCGCGGGGCGGGCGAGAUUCCGGGAAAGUCCCUUCCCGGACCCAACAUCCGUAAGAAAUCACGGCUCCGAGAAACAGAAAGCACGGUGACCGAAGGCCAGAGGGCCUGCGCAGGGGGCUGGGUACCGCGCUGGGGCCGCAGGAUGCAUGGGGCUUUACGCACCACGUCCCACGCGCGUCGGCUCUGCUUUCCCUCCGAAAGAGUUAGACGCCGCUUGGAUAGUCGAAACUGAAGUCGCAGCUCUUCUGAACUCUUAAGACCGGGGUCAGUGAACUUCCUGAUGUCCAGCGCAGGAAAAAUUACAAUUCUGACAUUGGAGAGGGCUUUGCGCAGAAGUCGCUUUUAUCAAUACUUAAAUUUCUGUGUAGUUCCGUUAAUAUAUGUAUUACUAUUUGUCAGACAUCGUUGGUGUUUUAUAGCCUUGAGAUGUCAGUUAUCAGUUUGCCAUCUAAUGAUACUUCCUAAAUCUCCAAUGCCAUUGAACUCCAUAAAAAUCUAGUGAUGUGUGCGUUCUGUAAAGAAAAAAAAUCUAUUAAAUGUUUUGAGUAGGUCUUAAUGCACAUGGUAUACAAUUCCAAAGGAAUAGAAUGUUAAGUAAAAAUAAACCUGCCUGCCUGCCCCCAGGUUCUCUCUACAGAGGUCACCACUUUCACUUCUGUGUGCUUUCCAGUAAUGGCUUUCAGAAGGCCUUUUGCACAUUUUUUUUUUCUUUGUACCAGAGAUCGAAAUCGCGACCUCACGUUUGCCAGGCAGGUGCUUAUGCCGCUGAGCUAAAUCUCCAGCCCCCACAGAAGGCCUUUUGAAUCCCUGAACACAAGUAGCUCUUGUUUUCAAAACCCACCAAUUUCACAUUUAUUGUUUUAGUGAUUUGUUGAUUUCUGUUUUUCUACUAACUAGGCAAAAAUGCCAGGGAGUCAGGCCAGUUUUUGGAGGGACUUUGUGGAAUUUGGGGAUUUUGUGGAACAAAUAGACUUAGUUUCCGAAGUUCCUUGGGGUCAGGGAUCAUUGUUUGUUGAACUGUUCAUAUGUUCACAGUUACCAGGGGGUAGCAGGCAUGGCUGGAAUUGCCAUCAGAUUUAAGGAUGGUAAUAUUCAUGGAAACUGGGGGCUUAGAAGUGUGUUUGUAGUCGUAACAGAAGGGAUGUUAGAGUUUGGACUCCAGUUUUAACACUGAGUUUUUGUGAUGGAAGUAGUCAUUUGAGAUUUGGCUCUUUACCUGUGCAGUGGUGGUUUGUAUGCUGUUUUGAAGAUUUUAAAAAUUCCUUUGAUCCAAGCAUUAGCACUGUGCCUGGUGGAUAACAGGUGUAUUGUAAACAGUGGCAGUGUCUGUUGUCAAUCCAUACCUGCAUGUGACAGGUGGGUGCACUUAUUAGCUCCAGCUACUUUAGGGUGCAGUAAUGGACGACCCUGGAGAUCUCAGGGAAGAAGGUUUGAUUUUCUCUUUCAUGUCAUAAGUCCUUGGUGGGUCUGUCUUCAGCACUUCCCCCUGGGAGCCAGGCUGAGCUGCUGCUUUGCGGAACUGCAGAUGUGCCAUCAUGUCCACUUUGUCCUCAUUCAUGGCGGCAUGAACGUUUAACUUCAGUGUUGGUUGAAAGGAGUCACAAUUGUGAACUAAAAUCAAACCCUGGCUCAUCAGAUCCUGAGCAUUAACACACAUUGGGAUGCUUGUAUUCCUUGAUUUAUAAACCACAAUGCUAUGCUUUCUCCAGUACUGCAGGUAAUAGAUCUUCCCUGGGUGCCCGCAUCUAUAUCAAGAUGAACUUUUCUUGUUGAUAGGUUUGCUUAAAAGACUGAAUUAUAGCUACAAAACCAAAAUGUAGCUGUUGCAUAUCCGUAAUGCACCCUGCUUUUUCAUCUGGUUCCCUUUUGUACCUGAGGAAUGAGCUAGAAUGAUGGUAGCACAUCUCACAGCUCCGGCCAGCAAUCACUGACAAACUCCUUGGUCUUCUUUUUUAGGUUCUUUACUUGUUGACAAUGUUUUUAUUUUAGAUUUUUUUUCUUGUAAAUGUAAUACAUGUUUCCUAUGGAAAAUUUUAGAAUAGGAAAGCAUGGGAGAAAAGUGGAGGUUACCAAAUUCUUUUCUCAUUGAUUGCUAGUUGCAUCAUCCCAUGAUUUAUGAUUAUUCUCUUUUAUGCUGUCUGCUUCUUGAGUAGUGUGACUUUAUUAUCACAAUUAAAGUGUCUUCAGAUCACAGUGUUGGAUAGAUGACCCAUUGUGCCUUGAUUCUUGCUGUUUUGUUUCAUAGUUAUUGUUGCUAUGUCUGUUGCAAGAUUUACACAGCUUCCAUUCACUUCUCUUGUAACUAUGUUAUAGUGAUGUGUCUUUUACUUAGGUAGGGAGUGCAAUAUGAUGUAAUACUGUCUGAGAAAUACAUAAUGAGGGGCUGGGGAUUUAGCUCAGUGGCAUAAGCACCUGCCUUGCAAGCCUGUGGUCAUGAAUUCGAUCCCUGGUACUGGUAAAAAUACAAAAAAAAAAAAAAAACAAACCAUAAAAAAUACACACACACACACAAAAGAAAUACAUAGUGAAUGUAAAUUGAAAAAUUAGAAGUAUAUUUCCAAAUUAAGGCAGAAGCAAUGUUGCUUAGUUCUGCCAGUCAUUGAAUAGUGGAAUAAACUGAGUUUGAUUUUUAGCAGCAAAGCUUGCAAAAGGAAAGUUUGUAUUUCAAAAAUGAGUAACAGCAAGCAUAUAAAGGGAAUGGAAGUAUGAAAAGUAUUUUUUUGUUUUGUCUGAACCAUUGUUGUUUUAUACCAACACCUAAUAUGGAUGGCAAACAAACAAAAAAAGACUGCAGAUCAACCUCACAUGAGACUGUGGAUCUGACUCUGUGAGUAUAAACACAUGUAAUCCAAUUACACUGGUUAAUCAUUCAAGGAAAGCCAGGACAUAUAUUUGCAUCCCUCAUUCUGGUUUUGUCACCGAACUGGAUCAAAGCAGUUCUAUGCAUGCACUAGGGAAUGAGGUCCACUUACAUGUGUAGAUAUGGAAGAAACACUGCAUGCAUUAUUAAUUGUACAGUAUAAACACUAUAUCAUGUUUCUAUUUAUGUAAGAAAAUUUUUCUGUCUGGAGAAAUGUGUGUUUGUGUAAAAAACUUUUUGUAAGGGUAAAAACAACACUUAUAGUAGGAGAGGAAAAGAUGAGGCUAGGAGAAGAGACUGGUUUUAAUAUGCUUUUUUCUGUUUGUUUUAAUCAGAUGCUUGCAAUUUUGGAACUAAAUUCAUUUUUUCAGUGGGCAGCUCUGUGCCAAAAUAACUUCAUGGAAAUCUUAGGAGCAAAUUCUCCUCUUCUGAGGGUGCUAUGCUUAUUCCACUAGAGUCUCAACAAAUCAGCUGUUGAAGGGUUUCCUCAGCGUAUGUGCAACGAAGCUCUUGGCCUGCCAGCGGUGAGCCAACCUGUGGUUCCUCAUUGCAGGCUGCUCUCCCUGAUGCAUCAUGUCCAGUUUUGAAGACGCCGACACGCAAGAGACGGUCACUUGCCUUCAGAUGACUGUUUACCACCCUGGGCAUGUACAGAGAGGUAUAUUUCGAUCCAUCAAUUUUUCCAAGAGAGAGAAACUCCCUUCCAGUGAAGUGGUGAAAUUCGGCCGCAAUUCCAGCAGCUGUCAUUACAUUUUUCAGGACAAGCAGGCAUCCAGAGUCCAGUUUUCUCUGCAUCCGUUUAAACCAUUUAAUAGCUCCGUUCUUUCCUUUGAAAUUAAGAACCUGAGUAAGAAGACCAGCCUGAUUGUGGACAGCCGGGAGCUGCGCUACCUCAACAAGAUGGACCUACCCUACAGGUGCAUGGUCCGGUUUGGGGAAUACCAGUUCUUGCUGGAGAGAGAGGACGGAGAGUCCUUGGAGUCUUUCGAGACUCAGUUUGUUUUUUCUCCCAGACCACUCUUGCAAGAAAACAGCUGGCCAACACAGAGCCCCAUCCCCGAGGAUGGCAGCUUCUCGUCGGGCUACACUCGGAGCUCCUUCCCCAUGGAGAUGGAUGAAAACGAAUGGUGAUGCUGCAUCCCAGUGGCAGAGGCGUCAGACGUGCACUUUGCUGCCAGUGUGCUGUCCAGUGGGAGCCGUCUGCGCUGCCACGCCUUGCAUUCACAGGUCUCCAGAAAAAGUGCACGUCCAAUGGAUCAGUGUAUGAAAAUGCCCCUUGUGAGCAGAUUAUGCUCAGGUUCUUCCCUUUUGCGACCCAAUGUGGUUCCAGGCCUGGGUUUCUGCUCACGCAUUGCGUCUUUGCAGAGCAGCCGGGAUUCCCGUAUUCUGGGCUUCAAGCCUCAGGCGACAAGACUUGUGACCUGUGGGGACUGGUGCUGCUGAGCGCCACUGUGCAAGAAGUGACACCUCUGUAAUUGCAAGAAGUGCAAUUACAGAGUAUCUUCCUGAAAAGGCAGGAUCUAAAACCAAUAUUUAAACAUUGUAAAGAACCACUUCGACUGGGUUUAUUUUCUUACCAAGUUUUAAAUUCAUCUUUUGUGUUUUACAUAACUAAAAUUUCAUGAGUUCAAAAUUUUAACAUCCAGGGUGCUCUAUAAGUAAACAUGUGAAUAUUUAUAAUAAAUGCUUAAAUAUUUCUAAAACUUUAGCUUCUAAAACAGUUGUCUUGAAAGGACCCCACCCAACUAGUUUUUGCAAGGUUUAAAUAAACGUUACUAAUUGCUAUAUAAAUAAGAAUGAUUAUCAUUCAGUUAUGUUGGAUAUGGAGCACUAGCAGUGACACUCCCUGUAGAAUUUUCCAAGUAAAUAAAAUUUUUGCUUACUGUAAAAAGUUCAUCUUUUUUGGAAAAAAUUACUAAAAUUUGGUAACAAAUCCUACUAAACCAUAUGCAUAUAUAUGUAUAUGAAUAUUAACCCUACUAAAAAUAUAUAUAUAUAUAUAUAUCUGUAUUUGUUGUUUUGUUUUAGUUUGGCUUGAUUGUGUUUUGGAGAUGGGAUCUUGCUGUGUAGCCCAGGCUGGUCUAAAACUUGUGAUCCUCCCACCUCAGUUUCCCUGCCCAGCUGGGAUUUCAAGCAUGCACAGCCACACCUGGCAACCUUUUCCCUGUUCAGAUCAUCAGUUGCUCCUGACCUGUACAAUGUGACAUCCUGCCUCUCAGCCUCCCUCCCCAGUCCUGUUACUAUGGAGAACUGCCUGUCUCUGCUCGAAGUCUUUCAUCUGGUUUCCGUGCUUCUUCCUGUGGUUGGCACAGUUUGACGUCAGACUGCCCCACCUGGUGUCCCUGUGCCAGCCUCCACCAUCUGGGAGUGUGUAUCACAGUUAAAGAAUUAAGGCUGCAAUGCAAGCAAUGUUGCUCAUCAGUUGACCUUGAACAGAGCAAAUACUCUGGAUUAUGCUGGACCCAGAUAAUUACAUGGUCCUGAAAAGUGGGAGGGGCCGAAGAAGGCAUCAGCGUGAAGCACGACAAGGGUGUGGGAGGCUGGAGCCAAGGAGUGCGGGCAGCUCCGGAGGCUGGACCCUGAGGCGACUGAGCCCUGGACAGUGGAACUGAGUCCCACCUUGAAUUGGGUCACAGACACCUGGGUUCUGUGUCUUGCCUGUGGAAUCUAAGAUGAUAUUGUGUGUGUGUUGUUUGGUGCUCUGACUUGCAGCAGUCUCCCUCCGGCCUGAGGUUACCUGCUGUCUGUCAUUUCUUGCCACUGCCAACCAAUUGCCUGCCUUGUACUCUCUUCCUAGCAGUGUAGCUUCAUGGAUGAGGAUUUACAAACCAGGCUGUUCAGCUGUCAGGACUGCUUACUGUGGAGCUUCUUGGUAAAGGCUGCCCGUGAGCAAAGAAUAACUAUUAUUUUUAAAGAGGAAAAAAAAAAUAACAAUUUCAAAACAUAAUUAGAGGGUAACAAUGGUUAAUACAUUGCAUAUUGUUACCUUUUAGUACAAGAUAAUCUGUAUUUAAUUGUCCAAACAAUGUUAGCAUAAACCUCUUUUCAAUGAACUAAGAGAAAUUAGUAGUAUAACUAUCAACUACCAUAUAAAUAUAUACACACGUUAUUUUAGCUUCUCACACUAGGGAGACAAGGAGACAAUAUGAUGUUUAUUCAUGAGAGUCUGAUUUAUUUCACUUCUGUGUAUGGUCUAAAAUAUGUAUUUUAUUGUUUAAAUGAUGUCACAUUUUGGAAGAAUUUUCACUUCUGUUUGUUGUCUUUGAUCCUGGAUAACUGAUUAAAUUGCAAAGUUUUAAUGUUAA